CCCCUCGCCACUGUUGGUCACCUGUCAACCGCCAAAACACGAAAAAUAUAAGUCAAGAAUGCCAACAGACUCGAUGAUCCUCCGUCAAAUCGGCUUCAAGCAGCUGAGUCAGGGCGUAUUUCUACAAUCACUUUCCAAUCAAGGAUCUCAGGUUGAGAAAUCUAGCUUGCCAUAUUCAAGCCCAGCACAUUCAAGUCCCGAUGUGAUAAUCAUCUGCGCUUGGGGAUUCGCCCAUGCAAAGCACAUUGCAAAAUACAUUUCUGGACACCAGUCGCUCUUCCCCACCUCCAAGAUUCUUCUCCUCCAGAACUGUGUCGCGAACAUUAUGUGGAAGUCGGACUCUUUCCAGAUGCAAUGGUUCCAGCCUGCCGCCGCUGUCCUUUGGGAGUGCAUCGACACAAAACCGGACCUAAAAGUCCUCCUUCAUUUGUUUUCCAACACUGGCUCUCACUCUGCAGUCCAACUCGCCGAAGCCUGUGCACUCAACAAUCCUCCAUUCGCGCUGCCAGUCACAUCAAUUAUCCUCGAUUCCUGCCCCAGCAUGCCCAUCUUUGAGCCAAUGGCCAACGCACUUGCGCUGGGCGUGCCCUCCAGGAACAUAAUUAUCACCAUCAUCGCGAGAGCAGUGGCAUACGUUCUCGUCGGAUUCACUCUUGCCAUCGAGAAAACAGGUCUUGCGACUCACGCAGCCACGAAACUAUACACCCAGCUAAACAGUACAAACGAUGUAUUUCUCGCUCGGGGUGCUUCCACCGAAGACCAAACUCCUAUAUCCCCGAUUCCGAGAACUUAUAUAUACGGGCCUGAUGAUGAUUUGAUCCCCGUGGACCAAGUUAUCCAGCAUGCAAAUGUUGCAAUUGCGAAUAUGUCGGCGCGUGGCAUCAACGAUGCGUCGAAAUAUGUGGCGAUGGAAAAGUUUGUGGGAAGCCCACACGUAAAUCAUGUCAAAUUUGAGAAAGAACGGUAUUGGAGAAUUGUUCAAGAGACAUGGCAGAGAAGUGUUGGAAAGCCCAUGGAGAAGAAACUGGCAACUGAUGAUGCUUGAAGACGAGGAGAAAUAAUUCUUCACAUCCUUCACACCGUGAAGCCAAAGAGGCAACCUUUACACCUUGUGGUUGUAUAUGGGACAUUAAAUAAAUGUAAGCACAAAUUCACAGAGUGAAAUAGGUGAAGUGAAUGUGAGCCACCGCGGGUGUUGUUUCGGAGGCUACCGAACAUAGCCAUUUUGGAUUGGAGAUUUAGCAUGAACAUUUUGACAAAGGCCUUGACUCAUUUGGAGAAUCGCCAGACUUUCAUUUUCUUCGCGAAGUUGUAAUCUAUCUCGACC